AUGUAUGAAGCCAACUCGACCACGGUCCCAGAGUUUUUUAUACUGGGAUUCCCGGCUCUGAAUGAUUACAAGUUUUCUUUCUUCUCCAUUAUUCUCAUCAUGUAUUCCAUGACUAUAUGUGAAAACCUCUUGAUCAUUUUACUGGUGUCCACAAGCCAACGUCUCCAUUCUCCAAUGUAUUUCUUCCUUGGACAUUUGGCGCUGUCAGACAUUGUCCUUGUGACAAUCAUUGUUCCUAAGAUGCUGGAAGUUAUCAUAUGGGAAGGGAGCACAAUUCCUUAUGUUGGAUGUUUAGCCCAGUUUUACUUAUAUGGGGGAACGGUCUGUGCAGAGUGUUUUUUACUCUCGGCCAUGUCUUAUGACCGGUACUUGGCCAUCUGUAGACCUCUACAUUAUAUCUCAGUGAUGAGUGCCAAGCUUAGAUACAGUCUGAUCAUCUCAUCCUGGGGGUUGAGCUUUAUGUUAGUAUUUAUUACACUUGUCUUUUUGUGUAACUUAGACUUCUGUGGAUCGAAUGUUAUUGCCCAUUUCUUUUGUGAAUUUAAGCCUCUUUUAGACAUUACUUGUUCAGACAUAACCGCUGUGAGUAUUAACAUGAUAGUGCUCUGUCUUGUUUUAGUUCUAUUACCUUUCUUACUUAUAAUCAUAUCAUAUGUCUGCAUUUUUAUCACUAUCUUUGGAAUUUCCUCCACCUCAGGCCGACAAAAGACUUUCUCCACUUGUGCCUCUCACUUGGUGGUUGUCUCUACCUAUUAUGGCUCCAUGCUCAUAAUCUACAUGGUCCCUUAUAGUGGACAUUCACUGAAUGCUAACAAGUUUAUUUCCCUUGUCUACAUUGUUUUGACCCCUCUUCUAAACCCCAUUAUAUACAGUCUAAGGAACAAGGAGAUUCAGUCUUCUGCGAUGAAAUAUCUGAAUCUGCGGUUAGAAAAGAUGGGAAAAUCAAGAAAACAUAUUUAA